GAGGGAGCGGUGAGCGCACUGCUGGGUCCAACCAUCACACAAGGGCUGCUGGAGAGAAAAAAGGGACGAAAGGAAAGUCAGCGGUCCUGUUAUAUUCGGGAAUCCGCUCACUUGGCGUCCUCUCAUCCUCAGCUGUCUGUCUGCCAUUGUCGGGUUAUGCGUUUCACCGGCGAAUAAACCGGACCGGUGUGUCUCCAUCCGUGUCGCGAGGCUUCGGCAGAUUGGCUGAAUUUGUGAGGUGAAGCCUCUCUGAGGGAGAAGAUGGACGCGUUUUUUACAGAGGGGGCACGAGUGUGGGUGAAGGAGAAAGAGCAGCUACUUCCUUCUACGGUGAACUCCUGUGGAGACGGAACACUCGUACUCACUACUGACUAUGGAGAGGUGUUGUAUCUGCAGUUGGCGGAGGUUAACAGGGAGAAGGUGUACCCCAUGCACCAAAGCAGUAUUGAUGGAGUGGAGGACAUGUCUGCUCUGGCCGAACUGCAUGAAGCUGCCAUCAUGCACAACCUCCACCAGCGCUACCAGAAAGACAACAUCUAUACUAACAUAGGCUCCAUCCUGGCAGCGGUGAACCCCUAUAAGCAGAUUUCGGGGCUGUAUGAUCUGUCUGCAGUGGAGUUAUACAGUCGGCAUCAUCUGGGGGAGCUCCCACCUCAUAUCUUUGCAGUGGCCAAUGAGAGCUACCGCUGUCUGUGGAAGAGACACGACAGCCAAUGCGUACUCAUCAGUGGAGAGAGUGGAGCUGGAAAAACAGAGAGCACUAAACUACUGCUGCAGUUCCUGUCUGUCAUGAGCCAAAAUUCAGCUGGGACUCCGCCCUCAGAGAAGACCACACGUGUCGAGCAAGCCAUCGUACAGAGCAGUCCCAUCAUGGAGGCAUUUGGGAAUGCCAAAACUGUUUACAACAACAACUCUAGUCGCUUUGGCAAAUUCAUCCAGCUACAUUUUUCUCAGAGUGGCAACAUCCAAGGAGGCUGCAUUGUCGACUAUUUACUCGAAAAGAACCGUGUGGUGAGACAGAAUCCAGGAGAGAGAAACUAUCACAUCUUCUACGCUUUACUAGCCGGAGCAGAUAAAGCGCAGAAAGAAACAUAUUUCCUGGCAGACCCACCUGACUCAUUUCAUUACCUGAGCCAGUCGGGCUGUGUGAAGGACAGGAGUCUGAAUGAAAAGAAGCUCUAUGACAGUGUCAUGGAGGCACUGAAGGUGCUGGAGUUUACAGAGGAGGAGAUCAGAGACAUGUUCAAGCUGCUGUCUGGAGUUCUGCAGCUAGGCAACAUUGAGUUCAUGACAGCAGGGGGUGCUCAAAUCACCACCAAGCAAGUGGUCACUAAUGUCAGUGAGUUACUGGGGCUGGACUCAUUCCAGUUAUCUGAAGUUCUAACCCAGCGCUCCAUGAUCCUCAGAGGAGAGGAGAUCUGUUCCCCACUUACUGUAGAACAGGCAAUAGAUUCACGGGAUUCGGUUGCCAUGGCGCUGUACUCUCAGUGCUUCUCCUGGAUCAUCAUGCGGAUCAAUCAGAAGAUCAAUGGCAAAGACAACUUCAAGUCCAUCGGCAUCCUCGACAUCUUUGGUUUUGAGAACUUUGAGGUGAACCGUUUCGAACAGUUCAAUAUCAAUUACGCUAAUGAGAAACUGCAGGAGUACUUCAACAAGCACAUCUUCUCUCUGGAGCAACUUGAGUACAACAGGGAGGGUAUUCGCUGGGAGGCUAUUGACUGGAUGGACAAUGCAGAAUGUCUGGAUCUCAUUGAAAAAAAACUGGGCCUGCUGGCUCUGGUUAAUGAGGAGAGUCGAUUCCCUAAAGGCACGGACUUCACUCUGCUGGAGAAACUACACAGUCGACACUCUACUAACCCUUACUAUGUGAAGCCCAGACUGGCAGACCAUCAGUUUGGCAUCAAGCACUACGCCGGCGAGGUUCUGUAUGAUGUAAGGGGGAUCUUGGAGAAGAACAGAGACACGUUUAGGGAUGAUAUCCUAAACAUGCUGAAAGACAGCAGGCUGGACUUCAUCUAUGACUUGUUUGAGCAAGUGGGCAGCAGGAAUAAUGAGGAGACUCUGAAAAUGGGCACUGCCAGAAAAAAGCCCACUGUCAGCUCCCAGUUCAGGGAUUCCCUCCAUGCCUUAAUGGCCACUCUGAGUGUGUCCAACCCUUUCUUUGUGCGCUGCAUCAAACCCAACAUGGACAAGACACCCAGCAGCUUUGUCCCAGAAGUGGUUCUGAACCAGUUGCGCUACUCAGGCAUGCUGGAGACAGUGAAGAUCCGCAGAGCAGGCUUUCCUGUCAGACGCACUUUCAAAGACUUCUUCAGCAGGUAUAAGAUCAUCCUGAAGGACAGGGGAGCAGGGGCUGAGGGAGAUGAGAAGAAGAAAUGCACGGACCUGCUCACCAAAUACGAUCAUGCAAAGAAAGAGUGGCAGCUCGGGAAGACCAAGGUGUUUAUGAAGGAGUCUCUUGAGCAGAAACUGGAGAAGGAGAGAGAUGAGGUGCGCCGCAAAGCUGGCCUCAUCAUAAGGGCACAUCUGCUUAGUUACAUAGCAAGGAAGCACUUCAAGAAAGCUCUGGCCAGCAUUGUGACCCUCCAGAAGAACUACCGCGCCCACUUCUACCGACGGAGGUUUCUACGGAAACGCUCUGCAACUCUGGUUCUACAGAAACACCGGCGAGGGCAGGUGGCGCGGGGCACCUGCCGAAAACUACGAGAGGAGAAGAAGAAGAGAGAGGAGGAGGAGAGGAGGAAGAGAGAGGAGGAAGAGAAGAAGAGAGAGGCAGAGGGGGCACAGGCAAAAGAAGGAGAGGUAUCCGAAGAAGAGAGUGCAGCAGAAGGAGAAGCUAAAUCACAGCGCUCGACAGAGGAGGAGAGUCGUCAGAUGGAGGAGAUUCUACGCUUGGAGAGGGAGAUUGAGCGGCUACAGAAGCAGAGGGAGGAUGGUGUGUCCAUGCUGUGCGAGAGUUCACGGCAGGAGCUUCGUCUGCGUCGUGACGCGGAGACGCUGCGGCAGAAGAAGGAGGCUUCCCGCGCAGCCACUCAGUCACUCGACCUGCAACACUUCGACCCCAAACGUGCCUCCCCUGCGCCUCCCCCUCCCCUGCGUGAGGAGGAGGUGGAUGAAGGCUUCCAUGCUGAAGAGGAGUGCAUCCCUCUGCCCGAUUUUCCACCCCCUGCCGAGGGGCCUCCAGAUCAAGAGAUUUUAGCCACCUUACCCCCUCCUCCCCCAGCCUUCGCAGAGGGCACAGUAGGAUCUGGAACACCUGCUGCAGCACCGGACGUCCCUGGCGCUCCCAAUGCUCCGCCUCCUCCACCACCGCCACCACCUCCUCCCCCACCUCCUCCGCCUCCCCUCCCGGGAGAGGGUCCAGAGGUGAAGAAGGAUGUUUCCGAGCCUGCUGCACCUGAAAAAGAGGAGGGAAAGGUGGACGAGGAGAAGAAGAAGGCAGAGGAGGGAGGGGAAGAGGGAGUGGACCAGGACAGGAACCUGACCACGUCUGAAUCCAUGAUGGAUGCGGAGGAGCCUAUCUACAGCAUGCCACUGGACACAGAGUCCGAUUACGACCAGGAUGAGCUGGAGGAUGGCCAGAGCAGUACGGCGGCCACUGACCCUGAACACGCCCGCAAGUCCACCUGCACCAAUGCCAGCCAGGAGUCCUACAACCGCAGCUCUGACUCGUAUGUGGAGAGUGAUGAAGAGCAUGAUGGCUAUGCAGACACAGAUGAGGAGGUGUCAAAUGGAAAAGUGAACGUGCUGAAUGGUAACGGGCCGCCGUACUUCCACAGCUACCUCUAUAUGAAGGCUGGCCUGAUGAUCCCAUGGAGAAGGCGCUGGUGUGUGCUGAAAGACGAGACCUUUAUGUGGUUCCGCUCUAAGCAGGAGUCCCUGAAGUCGGGCUGGUUGUAUAAGAAGGGCGGGGGUCUGUCCACUCUGUCCCGAAGGAACUGGAAGAUGCGCUGGUUCGUGCUGCGUGACUCCAAGCUCAUGUAUUUUGAGAACGACAGCGAGGAGAAGCUGAAGGGAACCAUCGACAUCCGAACAGCCAAGGAGAUAGUGGACAACCAUGAGAAGGAGAAUGCUCUGAACAUUGUGACAGACGAGAGGACGUAUCAAGUGUUUGCAGAGUCACCAGAGGAUGCCAGUGGUUGGUUUAACGUCUUAAGUCGGGUCCACACUGCUUCUCCUGAGCAGCUGCUGGAGAUGUCCCAUGAGCAGGCCAACCCAAAGAAUGCUGUGGGCACUCUGGAUGUGGGGCUGAUCGACUCGGUUUGCGCGUCUGACAAUCCUGACCGGCCCAACUCGUUUGUAAUCAUCACGGCCAAUCGAGUGAUCCACUGUAACACUGACCUGCCGGAAGAGAUGCACCACUGGAUCAGCCUCCUACAGAAGCCCAAAGGAGACUCCAAGAUCGAAGGCCAGGAGUUCCUGGUCAGAGGUUGGCUGCACAAAGAGGUAAAAACUGGAGCCAAGAGCAGUGCACUGAAGCUGAAGAAGCGCUGGUUUGUCCUGACCAAUAACUCUUUGGACUACUACAAGUCGGCUGAGCGCAGUGCGUCUAAGAUGGGCACCCUGGUGCUCAACAGCCUCUGCUCUGUGGUUCAACCUGAGGAAAAGGUCUUCAAAGAGACGGGUUACUGGAACAUCAUAGUUCACGGGCGCAAACAUUCCUACCGGCUCUACACGAAGAUGCUAAACGAAGCCAUGAGAUGGGUGUCAGCCAUCCAGGGAGUCAUCGAGAACAAGGCGCCCAUCGAGACGCCCACUCAGCAACUCAUCAGAGACAUCAAGGAGAACAGUGUGAAUUCAGAGGCAGUGGAGCAGAUGUAUCGCAGAAACCCCAUUCUCAGAUAUACCCAGCACCCCUUGCACUCACCCCUCCUGCCUUUGCCCUAUGGAGAGGUCAACGACAGCUCACAAAAAGAAAAGGGUUAUGGCAGCCUGCAGGAUGAGGCGGUGAAGAUCUUUAACUCUCUACAGGAGAUGGAGAUUGUUUCUGACCCCAUUGCCAUCAUCCAAGGCAUCCUGCAGACCUGCCACGAUCUUAAGCCACUAAGAGACGAGGUCUACUGUCAGCUGAUCAAACAGACCAAUCACGUUCCCCAGCCCAACAGCCCGGCCAACCGUGCACACUGGCACCUGCUCACCUGCAUGAGCUGCACUUUCCUGCCCAGUCGUGCCAUCUUGCGCUACCUCCGCUUCCAUCUCAAGAGGGUUAGGGAGCGUUACCCUGGCACCGAAAUCGAGAAAUAUGCCCACUUCAUUGGCGAGUCUCUAAAGAAGACCAAGACCAGGGAAUUUGUUCCAUCUCAGGAAGAGAUUGUCGCCCUGCUAACCAGACAAGAGAUGACCACCACUGUGUACUGCCACGGAGGAGGAUCCUGCAAAAUUUCAAUCAACUCGCAUACAACUGCAGGAGAGGUCGUGGAGAAGCUGAUCCGAGGUCUGGCAAUGGACAACAGCAGGAACUUAUUUUCUCUGUUUGAGCACAACAAGGUCGAGAGCCGGGCUAUUGAGAGCCGCAUCAUUGUAGCAGAUGUACUCGCUAAGUUUGAGAGGCUGGCAGGGAGUGAGGAGGAGGAGGAAGAUGGACCCUGGAGGCUUUAUUUUAAACUUUAUUGCUUCCUUGAUGUGGAGAGCAUGCCCAAAGAGGGGGUGGAGUUUGCCUUUAUGUUUGAGCAGGCUCAUGAGAGUCUGAUCAGUGGUCAUUUUCCCGCCCCAGAGGAGACGCUGCAGCACCUGGCUGCUCUCCGCCUGCAGUAUAUCCACGGAGAUGUGGCGCGGACACCAUGGAGCCUGAGCAGUGUGUAUCCUGUGGGCCGGCUUCGCACGCGAAUCCUGCAGUCCACCAAGGCCGGUGGGGCAGGGGCUCCGGGGGCUGGCGUGAUGGGACCGGGGGGUCACACUCUGGAGAGGAGACGGACAAGCUUCCUGGAUGGGACGCUGAGACGCAGCUUUAAGACAGGGUCUCUCAAGAAGCAGCGGGUGGAGGAGGAGCAGAUGCUGGAGAUGUUUGUGAAGGAGGAGAUGUCGGCCACACUGACCAGCGUGCUGGAGAAAUGGAACCGGUUGCAAGGCAUGCCCCAGCACCAGGCCAUGCUCAAAUACAUGACCAUCAUUAAAGAGUGGCCAGGGUAUGGGUCCACGCUCUUCGAUGUGGAGUGUAAAGAAGGGGGCUUCCCUCAUGACCUGUGGCUGGGAGUGAGUGCAGAAAACGUGUCUGUUUACAAGAGAGGGGAGCCCAAACCGCUCGAGACCUUCCAGUAUGAGCAUAUCGUCUUCUUCGGAGCACCACAGCCCAGCACCUACAAAAUCACUGUGGAUGAGAGAGAGAUGUUCUUCGAAACUCCUCAGGUGGGUGAGAUCACUAAGAUCAUGAAGGCUUAUAUCAACAUGAUCGUUAAGAAGCGCUGCAGCGUCAUGUCCGUCACCAGCACCAGCAGUGAUUGGAUCAGGUGAUCAACACUAGGGUAAUCAAGGUGGUGCAAUGACAAGAGAGAGGACGUCUCCCUGUUCGACCAAGAAAUAUAACCACACCUACCUGCUGAGUAUGGAUAUGAGAGAAAAAGAGAGAGAGAGAAUGGGAUGCAAAAUCACUUACACUUGGCUCCGCUUAAACCCUCUUAUUUAUUCUAAAAGCAACACUGUACUUGUGUCAAUUUAGUAUAAUUUAUUUGCCACUACCAGCCACACUUCUAUAAAAGCACAACCAAACCUGCCAGUCCUGUCACUGUAAACCUUCCCUCACUGCCAGCACUAAGACUGAAGACCAAGCCUGUACAUUCUCCUCUCUUUUCUCCCAUCCUCCCAACAUUAGCUCUCUCUCAGUGUCAGCUUGUGGUUGAUAUCAUCUCCAGCCCAAAGGACCUGUGACUGAGCCAUCCCUGAAAGGUGGGCUGAGUACAAGUUUGUUCUGUUCUCACUUUUCCCCAUUUCCUGAAAAGUGAACUCUCCAUUAAGAGUCACCGUCAGAGCCAUUUUGUAAUGCCAGGGCCACUGACGGCCUUUUUGUGAUCUCCUCUAUCAGCAUUAGUGUAAGACAGCCAACGGAGAACUGUCCAUCUUUCUACAUGCGUGCCCUGGGACUGACCAGAGAUCCGAAGUGUAAAGAAAUCGUCUAAGAGAGCCACUGUAACUGCGACCAUUCUAAUGCCAGUGUGCGUUCAAUGCUUUCCACACAUCAACGUCAAAACUAUAUUUUAUACUUCAGUGUAAAUGUGAGUAUACUUCAUUUAACUGUCUUUGAGUCUAAGGGGGUUAAAUUAAGGCAUUUUGAGAAAUUAUGUGGAACCGAUAUUUAGUCUGCAAGUGAAACAAACAGGAUUUAAUUCUAUUCUUUAUAUGCCGAUGCACAAUAGUAUGACAGUGAGCGAGUGAACGAGUUUCAGUCACUCUGCAAGAAAACUGCACAGCAAUUUUGAAAGCCUCUAGAUACCUCCCUGUCCCCAGCACGGCAAGCCAAUUUAUUACUGAGUGGUGCCACUGGAAAUACAUCAGUAUUAUACCAAGCAAGGCUGAGCCUGAGCUGGGGAUGACACUGCGACCAGCGUACCGAUCUGCUCCAUAAAUUAUGAUGACUUUUAGUGUAUCGUGAGACAUUCUUUUUAAAGUAGUAUGUUAAGAAUGGAAUUAAAUAAAAUUGAAGAUACCAUUGAACUAACAACAAGCCAGUGUUAAUGCUUUCCAUUCUACCAUAAAACAGCAGGAAAUCACUUCCAAGUUUUUAUGUUUUGACUUUAGAUGCUGUUCAGACCUGGAUCAAAUAUAGUGAGAAGACUAGGUGUUGGGACAGUAAUGUAAGAUGGUUGCAUAUUCAAGUAAUUUGUAUUUCUGAUCAAAUGAUCAGUAUUAAGCUUAAGGACAGAAUAUUCAGCCUUUAUCUUUGAAAGGUAUUUUUCAUAUGUUGGUUCAAAGUUUUUUUUUCCGUUCAGUUCCCCACUGGAAUAUAAAAGAAACUUUACAAAGAAAAAUUAUAAACAACAGGAGAAAAUGACCCCCAGUACUAGGCACAGGCUAUGCUAAACAAAUUGUUUUUUUUAAUCUAGUUUUAAAAAGACCUGUCAAACUUGUAUUCCUAAUGUUCUCUGGAAUGCUGUUCCAGAGCUAAAGAGCAAGAUAAUGGAAGAUAAUGAUCUUCCAUCAACUUAACUCUUGGUGAUCCUAGACAUUUGCAGUAAGUCUGCCUCAACUGAACGAAAUAGUCUGGACAGGUUAUUCAACAGAUCAGCAAGACAUGCCAGAACUGGGCCAUUAAGAGCUUUAAAUGUCACAUCCAAGACCUUGUAGUCAAUGCAAAACUUAGUAAGAAGCCAGCGAAACUAAGACCAGAAACAGACAUAGGCUGCUGCAUUCUGAACUAGCUGGAGCCUAUUUAGAGGGAAAACAGGGCAACUAAUCAGUAACUAGUAAAGUCUUACUUCUAUUGGAUUGAAAUGAUAAACUAACAAGCAUCCAGGGUUACAUUUUAGGUGAUUCUGUACUGAAGCUUAAUAUCUGAAAUACAAAUUUUAUGAAUAUUCCAACAGUAUAACCAAUUUACCAGUAUUUUAAACCAUGUGUAUUUAGAGGGUUGUCAGCAUAUCUACUUAAUUGACUAUAAAUAUUGGGAUUUUAAAGCACUUAUUUUACCACAGUCUGGCUAUGUGUAGUAUCAUCAGUAUUUGCCUUGGUCCCUUUAAGCCACUAAUGAAGUGGCCAUAAGUGACUACUAGUCAUUAAUAACAACUUAUAUGAACUAAUAAAUCGCCUACAUUAAAGUUGAACCGAGUUAGCAUGAGUUCUAAAACAGAAAGUGACAUAAACUGAAUAACUUGUGUUUUGUUCUGGUUGUUUUCUAUUGGAGGCUUCAAAUAAUUUUAUCCUGCAACCAGUUUAAAUCAGUACUUCACUCAAAACUGCUAACGUGGCUAACAAUGACUGGAAGCUAUUGGGGGCCCAUUAGCAUGUUCUCAAAUGCUCUCAGAUGCAUAAAGUUAAUCCAUAACACGUUUCCUUUCCUGUUACUAAGGUUGGCCUUUUUGAGUGAAGUAAUUUUGUAGCCCUGCACUGCAGCGGAGUCAGAGGCACUGCACAAGAUGCGUAUCAACAUAACAUAAUUCAUAUCAACACUCCGAGUGAGUCCAAGUAUGCCUGUAUUGUCUUUUUUUUUGAAACAUAUGAAUAUAAAACUACUGUAUCUCCCAACAGUACCUGUGUAAUUUUGCUGUUUGAUAUGCAACUAUAUUUGUCAGUGUAAUGCAAGCUCCUUUGUGUGUGUGUCUGAGAAUUUUGAACUUAAAAAUGGAACGAAACUAAGUGAGCAAAAAAGGUCCGUGGUUAUGACGUCGUGGAGAAAUAAGCAUAUGUGUAAGGGUAUUUCUGUCAUGGGUGGGUGUUGUGAUUGUCCUAUGAGGCUCAAAAAAGGCUUUGGGUGGGAGGGGUGGGUGGGUGAAGGGUAGGUGUAUUUAUUUUUAUGAUGUGAACGAAGUGAGAAAGGGAGUGGGAGGGACACUGGAUUGGAUUUAAAGCUGGUGGAUGUUUUCUUUUUAUGCUGACCUCGGGCGCGCUGCAAACCAUAAAAUAUAGUAACGGAACAAGCCAUGGCAAUAACAACCUAACAACACCCCUUAACUAUGGUAAAAACCCUGUUACAUAUGGCAGUGACUAGCGUAUUGCUUUUAAAAUGAUGAGUAAUUACAAUAUGAUAGUAUAAAAUGCAUUAAGGUUCAAUAAAUAUUUUAAAAUAUUAUUAAUAAGCCUCAGAUUCUCUGCCCAGAGAGGUACAUUGUAUACUUAUACGGCCACAACCGUCAGGAUUUUGUUCAUCGUAUUCUGAUUGGCUGUCCACAAUAAAAAGUUCUGUUCAAUGUAAAACAGUUUUGCAAACAGUUGCCAUAAUUUUUGCGCUGUGAGUCUUUUGAAGCAAGAUGUAGUCACUGGAUUGAAAAACUUUCACUUUGUCACAUCUUUAAAACAUUCAGCUGCUUCCUUCAAAACAUUUGAAGCUAGUAAGCGAGAUAUAGUACUAUACUGUAGUGCUACUACUAGAUAUAGCAUCAUAGGAAUGUCCAUUUUGACUCAUUUUGAUAUUUCAAGUAGCCGUGAGAGUUAAUGAAUGGAUAAUUGGUUAACUGCAAGAAGGAAAAGACAAAGCAAAAAAAGCGAAAAGAAAAAGGAAACGCAUGUUGUACUACAUUUGAAAACAUAUUUGAUUAUUCAUAAAUAGCUGAGAGAAAUCUGUAGGUUUGGAUGAGUUGUAUGAGUUGGAUGUUGGAUCAGUGGCCUAUGCUGGCUCUUCAGAAAAGCUAGCUAAUGAGUACAGCGUUUGAUGCCAAUGGAGACUCAUUGUCUUCUUGGCCUUUUCGCUUGAGUAGUUGAUGUUUGUCAGAUAAAUAUAUCUGUGUCUGGACCAGCUAAUAUCUGCUAGAGUAGCCUAGUUUGCUAAAAGGUUGCACCAGAGCUGACUGUGCUCUCUUUGACUUCUCAGUCAUGUCUUUAAUGGGUCCUUGGCAACAUGCUCAUGUUAAGGCACUUGUUUUAGCACAGUGUGAUAGAAUGUUCUUACUUAUAAAAACAAGCAAAACUGUCACAUUUUACAAUCCAUUUAACGAUUGCUGUUUCACUGAAUUAUUGUAUAUUUUCUACGUCUCCUCUUGAUUAAAUGUAAUAAUUAGCUGAAUAGUGAUUUCAGUAUUUGAAUAAUGACACCUCGAACGGUAACCGAGUACUUGAGUACCCGCAAACACCCUUAGUUUAUACCACUUUUUGCAUUCGCCCCGCAUUGAAAAUUGCCUGCUCCUUAAAAAGAUCGCACAGGAAAAGUCUGUGGUUGGUGUUUUGCAUGCAAGUAGACAGUUCUUUGCCACAUAUUAAGUGACAAAACGUACCAGACUCUCUGUCUAUAGGCAGAGCUUGUGAGACUAGAAUACUUAGCAGUGGGCUAUGGUUUAUUAAUAUAUGUUUAUAAAUAAGCGUAAGCACAUUAAUACAAAAUCCAGUUGAUGUGUAGCUUUGAAUGUAACUCAACCAAUCAAAUUUAAUUAUUGGCCUCUUAAUCUUAAUCAGUUAUUAAUUAGUUAUUAGCUUUUCAUCAAGUAUGAAUUAUUUAGUAAUUUCUGUGAAACAAAUGUAUGUUAUCAGAGUGAGAAAUUGAGCUGUGAGCCCACAUACAGACCCAAUUAAAUGCUAAACAAUGAAGGCAGCCGGUCCAAGGUCAGUAGAAAAGGGCUAUUUUCACCAGCUCUGGAACACGGUGUGGACACUGUGGUCGUGUGAUGAGUGUUAGAGAUCUGUAUGCACAGGAAUGUCGUGUAAUGAAGGAGUGUGUGUGUGUGUGGGUGUGUGAGGGUGUGAUGGUGUGUUAAAUACUAUCACACUAUUGUUUCAUGUUGAAGAGUCACAUUAUUGGGUUGCUUACAUUCAGUGUUGUUCAUUAAUGGACUGAGCAGCCAGGAUGUUCUCGUUAUCACCUAACACACAAACACACACGCAUACAGUAAACACACACAUGCAUGCAAACACAUCGAGAGCCACACACACACACACACACACACACACACACAGUUGGUUCUGUCUCUCUCACUCUUUACACUGGGGUCCUUGCUCAGCUGCAGGCAGCAAAUAAAGGGCCUGAAUGUAAUUCUUCCUCAUUGUCGUUCUUAUAUGAGUAUAUAUAAUAUUUAAAAAUAAUAACAAUAACUGUGCUUGUUUAAAAGAGAGGAAAAUGUUUUGUUCUUUUUGUUUUCUUUUUUUGUAACUGGCUUUACAAAAUGCUUUAAUAAAUUAUUGGAAUUUAUCACCAUA